UUAUUUAAAUCCCAAUUUUUAUUUUCAUCGCUUUCACAUUGAAACACAUUAACAUUGCGAGAGAGAGAACCAAAAAGGAAGAUCCGAAAAUUUUCCCCGGAAAAUCUCAGAUUGUGGGAAAAAAGAAAAGGGAAAAAUUUUCAUUCUAAUUGGAAUAUUUUCUCUUUUAGAUUUUUUUUCUUUUUGAAAAUAAUAAAUUUGAAAGAAGAGGAUCGUUUUAACAUUUGCUCUUCUUCUUUGGUUGAUCUUUGAUCAGAGAAAAAGAAACAAAUCUAUUUCCUUUAUUUAAUAAUCACAGAUUUGUCCUCUUUGUUGUUGUUGUUGUUAAUCAUUGUGAUCAUCGUCUCUUCUUACACACUCAAAAGAGGAUCUGUCUCUGGUUUUUCCUCCAAAGACACAGACAAAUACCAGUUUUUGAUUCUUUUGUGUCUGUUACUGUGUGUUUGUGUUAUAACGAGCCAUGUCUGAAACGCAGCAGGUUCAAAACUCUUCUGGGUCAAUUCAAUCUUCCGAAACCAUUGAAGAUACCUUCAGGAGGAUGACAGUUAACGAACCUUAUCCUGAUCGUCCCGGUGAGCGAGAUUGCCAGUUCUUUCUAAGAACUGGGCAGUGUGGCUAUGGAAACAGCUGCCGUUUUAACCACCCUCUUUCUCAUCUUCCUCAGGGUGUCUUGUAUCACAGAGACGAACUGCCUGAGAGGAUUGGAGAGCCAGAUUGUGAGUAUUUUCUGAAGACAGGAGCAUGCAAAUAUGGCUCAACAUGUAAAUAUCACCACCCAAAAGACAGGAACGGUGCUGGACCCGUGCUGUUCAAUGUUCUCGGUUAUCCUAUGCGACAGGGUGAGAAGUCAUGCCCAUAUUACAUGCAGAAAGGAGUGUGUAGAUUCGGAGUUGCCUGCAAAUUCCAUCAUCCUCAUCCUAAUCCUCAGCCUCAUAAUGGCCAUUCUUCUCCAUAUGGAAUGUCUAGCUUUCCUUCUGUUGGGUUUCCUUAUGGAGGUGGGUUGACGAUGAUGUCUUUGCCUCCUGCAACAUAUGGAGUUAUGCCACCACCUCCUCCUCCUCCUGCAAACUAUGGAGCCAUGCCGCGUCCUCAAGUUCCUCACCCUCAGGCCUAUAUGCCCUUCAUGGUCGCUCCUCCUCAGGGCUGGUCUACUUACAUGGCUGGAACUAACCCCAUUUAUUAUGUGAAAAGUCAACCUGACUCCAGCUCCAGUGCAUCUGUGCCUGUGGGAGUCACGUCGCAUCAGUCCAGUCUCUCUGAAUCACCUGAAUGUAGGUUUUUCAUGAACACUGGAACCUGUAAAUAUGGAGAUGAUUGCAAAUACUUUCAUCCCAAAGAAAGGAUGUUAAUAUCACCACCAAAUCUCCUAAACCAUGUUCUUCCAGCUAGACCAGGACAACCAGCUUGUGGUAACUUCAAGGCCGGGUUCUGCAAGUACGGAGCAAACUGCAAAUUUGCUCACCCACUGCCACUAAACCCUUACGAUGGCACAAGCCUGGUCAUGCCUUCUCUGCCUUAUUCUUCACCUGUUACAACUCAUCAUCUGCCAAGCCGGUCUGACUCAUCUGCUCUCUCCAAUGGUAAUAAACCUUCUACAGGGACUGAGAAACAAGACGAAAGAUCAGACAAGUCUGAAGUGCAGGAGCCAUCACAGCUAAACAUCUCUGAUGCAACCGCCUUGUCUAAUGGUAAAUCUGAUGCAGAGAGUCCAAGUUCAGAGACUAAGAAAAACGAAUCUUCCGAUAAUGCUUCACAACUGGACAAGUCAGGAAAGCAGGACUCAUCCGAUAAUGCUUCAUGAUCAUGAUGAUCUCAGAAUCAAAUAUCUGACAAUCUCAAAUGAUCCCCUUCCCUUUUUUGUCAAUUUAUUUUUGGAAGGAGAUCUUGGAAAUGGUUUAUCUUCUUACUAGGAUAUGAUCCGCGCCUUGCGCGGGGUGAAAAAAUUAAUAAAUUAUUUUACGUA